UUAGAGCUCGGCGAUAAAGUCAAGUGGCAAAGUGGCACUUUACAAAAAAAGCACACACAAAUUCAACAAAAAUAGAAAAUUCAACCAAAAAAACAGAGGGCACACGACGUGCGGGGACAAAGUGCAAGUGGUAGCGGUAAUUUGCAGACAUUAGUUGGCACACACAGGCACAAACGGUCCGGUGAUUAAAGGCCGUGGGUUGAGAGGUGCGAAAAGUGUCACAUUACGCAUACGCAGCGUGUGCCCGAGUUAAAUGCCGAAAUUUAAGGGCCAGCGAGCUGUUCGAGUCUGAAUUGAAAAUGUUUGUCGUAAACCUGGUCGGCCACUUGGUAUGCCAAGCACGUAGUGAAUUUUUGUGAUGUGGAUACGGCUCUUUGAUUGUUUUAUUAGCGAUUCCUCUGACAACUGCCAGCUAAGUAGUAGGGUGAAAACAUGUAGCAUGUAAAAUAAAAUAAAUUAAAUACAAAACUGAAAUGCAUAAAAUGUUAUAAAUGUUAAAUAACAAAACAACACAAAUACAGGAAUUUAAAUGUAAUGCCUUACACAACUAAAAAAGGCUACAAAAUAACCCAGAACCAGUAAUACAUUAUUGCUUGGCCGAUUAAUUGUUUUAAUCAGCAGUAGUUUUGAAGACUCUAGUGCAGGAUAAUUAUAUAGUAAAAUAUUUACCAAAUAAAUAUAUAGUAAUAUAUUUACCAUGAGUCAAAUGCAACUGCAGACGCAGCGCGUUCGCCGCGGACGUCACCAUCGCCGUCACCAGUCCGCGGAGCCCUGCGAGUGCUUACGUCCUGUGAUAAGGGUUUUUGGUCUGCUGACUUCAUUCGUUAUCUGCGGCGUUGGCGUUGAUGUCUACAUGCAUGGCUAUCGGACCGGUCUUUAUAUAGUUUUUUCAGCCGUGCUGGUCAUGUUCAUUGAGAUCAAGUGGCUUGUAACUAUUUUUCUACAGCUUCAGUGCUCAGAGGAUAAUUACCAGCGGAGGUCCUGCAGCUGUUUGGCCUGCUGGCGUCUUUCAGCGAUUUGUGGUGGCUGGCGACCCACUCCCGUGUAUGCGGUCAUCGGCAUCUGCCUGAUACUAUAUCCCCACAAUCUGUGGCUUAGUUAUGUGGCCGGGAUGUUCCUGAUUCUUCUUGGGGUCCUCAGGCUCUGCACGCUGCUCAGAUUCAGUCCCUCAAAGGAAGAGGGCCUGCUGCCGCAGUGCGACUUUGAAAAGGUCUCCAGCUUCGCGGAUAAUAUGGAGGAUGAUUUCGCGGAGGUUAGCGCCUCCCAAGCGGCCUUGGAUGACGAAGCGGAGGAGGAGGGCGACGACCACCCCGUCAUAGAUGAUGAUGUUUGCUAAUAGUUAUGAUAACUUAUUUGCCUAAUGUAA